CGUUCAGCUGAACAACGGAAGGCCUUCGCUCUUGUUCACAUGGCCAACAUUCAAACUGCCAAUGACAUCCUCAGAGACGGUCUAUGCAUCGAAAAUAAAUGCAUUAGUGUGCGCAAGGACAAGAGGGAGCCCAUACGAUGUGCUAAGUUUCAACACUUCAACCAUAUUGCACACAACUGUUCGGCACCAGCGGACAUAUGUGGUACAUGUGGAAACCAACACCGCACCAGCGCCUGCAACUCCUUCUGCACCACAUGCUGUGUCAACUGUUGCAGUCAGCAACAUAUGAGCUGGAACAGAUCAUGUCCGGAAUUCACCAAACGAUGCAAGGAAAUCGACGCCAAAUACCCGGAAAAUCACAUGCCGUAUUUCCCCACGGAACAUGCAUGG